AUGCCGUUGAAAUACACAUCACUGCCCCUACCUCCAAACUCGAUAUCCUACACGCACCCCCUCAACCCUAUCCUCCCUACCCUCACCACUCAUAUCCUAAACUACCAGAACCAAGUCAUAUUCUUCUCCUCCCACCUCUCCGCCGCCCAACCUGCUAUAGACUCAUUACCCGCCCAUGACAACAGGAAGAUCGGUCACGAGCGCUUAACACCCCUACUGGGAUAUGCAAAGGCGAGACUGAAACACUUAGUCGACACGACUACAAGCGUUGUGGAGAUGCAGGCUGAAAAGCCGAAUAGAGCGCUGACGAACGAGGCUGAAAGGGCGAAUGCAGAGAUUGGAAGGGAGCUUGUGGGGAUAGGGGAGGUGUUGGAUGAGAUGUGGGAUUUGAUCAUUUCAGAGAAAUGGGGAGAGGAGGAGCUAGGGACGGCGGAAGAGUUCGAUUGA